AUGAUGACAUACCAAAUCGAUAAACGGCCCCCAAAGGCAGACUCCAUUGCUUCUAGCUCAGCAGCAACAGCAGCAGCAGCAGCAGCAGCAGCAGCAGCAGCAGCAGCAGCAGCAGCAGCAGGAGAAGGAGAAGGAGAAGAAGAGGAGGAGACGCAGCAGCAGCAGAAGCAGCAGCAGCAGAAGCAGCAGCAAAAACAAAAACACAGAAGCAAAAAAUUUAGGAACAGAGAGAAAACCGCUGCAGCAGCAACAGCAACAGCAGCAGCAGCAGCAACAGCAACAGUUGAAGCAGCAGCAGAAGCGGCAGCAGCAGCAACAGCAGCAGCAUCACCACGAUAA